AUGUUCUUGAAGAUUUACCUCAGUUACGAGUUGAAUGUGUCUUCUCUGCUUGUAAGUGACCGUUCAGGAGUUCAGAUGAUUGAUUGUCGACCCAGUUCAACAGACGGCUACGUGUUUAUUAAUCUGAAAGUGUUCGAAAUUAUUUCUAACACUGCCGACUGUGAGGAUGACUUUCUUGUGAUUUCUUCUGUGUUUCCUGACGGAAAAGAAACCAGAAUUGGAAGGUACUGCGGUAGUAGCUACGUAGUUAAUUUGGUGAGCAAAACGAAUUUCGUGAAGGCCGAGUUCCAUUCAAAUAACCGUUUCGUUGGCAAGGGCUUUCUUGCCGAAUACCGGACCGUUGCGAACUAUUCAUGCGAUUACUUCUCAUGUCUGAAUGGAGGCACAUGCUACUUCGUGAAUGAAACUAAGCAUCUGAAAUGCCGUUGCCGAGACGGAUUUGGAGGAGACCACUGUCAGACAGACGUGGUCUGUUCCUCGUCCUUAUGCAAACACAACGCCGGCUGUCAGAAUGCCACUUGCAUAUGCAGCGAAAAUUUUACAGGCCGUUACUGUGAAACUCUAAUCAACUCUGUCGUUACUAUCACGGAAUUCCCUGCACUGAUAAACUCGUUGAAUUAUCCACUUCCAUACCCAGCUAAUAUAACGCAGAAGUGGAUUUUGCUUGCUCCGCAUGUGAUUGUUCUGCGUUUCAAGUACUUCAGCAUUGAUUCCACUUCGAGUUCUCUUCAGCUAUUCAAUGAAACCGAUACCAUGGCGACACUUACCGGAACUGUGCUGCCGCCUGAUUAUUUUGCGAGAAACGAAAUGAAUCUGACAUUCACGGUUGGCACCGAUUUGUACGACAGUGGUUUCUCAGGAUUCCUCAUUGAAGCUGUGGCUGGUACGUACUCUCAUCACUUCUUUUAUUUCUGA